GGGAGAGAGCUGCUGCUGCUGCUGGCAGCAAUGGUGACCCUUGCUGCUGCCAGAGGGGCAGAGCUGAAUGAAGGAAGUGGUUUGAGAAGGCCGGUGUGUGAAGACCUGGUUGAUGUGCAGGCCUGCCCCCUCCUGUACUUGCCCAUCUGUGGGACUGAUGGGAAUACCUAUGCCAAUGAAUGCCAGCUCUGUGUGGAAAAAAUGAAAACCAGGCAAGACAUACGGAUUUUGAAAGAUGGGGAGUGUCAAGAUACCUGAGCUGUCUGAUAGCUUUCCUGAGCCUAAAAACAGGUGAUUAAUUGAUCCUGUGUGCUCUGGGCCGAUUGAACACUUAAGCUAGCUAUGGUGAAUAAUAAAAUGACAUGCACAAUCUUA